UGCCCCUUUGCACAAGAGUGCUUCCUUGAGAAAGCGAAAGCCAAAGUAGACCCAAAACAAACUUUGAUUUGAUUCGAUUUGAUUCCCCGAAUCCAUCUUUCAAUUGCCGUCGCCGGAGAUGGAGAUCAACAAAGACGCAUCCGUUCGCCGCCCCAAGACCAAGAUCGUCUGCACUCUCGGCCCGGCCUCCCGCUCCGUACCCAUGGCCGAGAAGCUGCUGCGCGCGGGCAUGAACGUCGCUCGAUUCAAUUUCUCCCACGGAUCUCAUGAAUACCACCAGGAAACGCUCGAUAAUCUCCGCAAGGCCAUGGAAAACACCGGCAUCCUCUGCGCCGUCAUGCUCGACACCAAGGGACCGGAAAUUCGAACGGGCUUCUUGAAGGAUGGAAAGCCUGUUCAGCUUAAACAGGGUCAGGAGAUCUUAGUUUCCACCGACUACGACAUCAAGGGUGAUGAGAAGAUGAUUUGCAUGAGCUACAAGAAGUUGGCUGAAGAUGUUUUUCCAGGGAGUGUGAUACUCUGUGCUGAUGGUACCAUCACUUUCACUGUUUUGGCUUGCGACAAGGCGAAAGGGUUGGUACGGUGUCGCUGUGAGAACACUGCCAUGAUUGGUGAGAGAAAGAAUGUCAAUCUUCCUGGAGUGAUUGUGGACCUCCCAACUUUGACGGAGAAAGACAAGGAAGAUAUAUUGAAAUGGGGAGUUCCUAAUAAGAUUGACAUGAUUGCUCUUUCUUUUGUUCGCAAAGGUUCUGACUUGGUGGAGGUUCGUAAGUUGCUGGGUGAACAUGCCAAGAGCAUCCUUUUGAUGUCUAAGGUUGAAAAUCAAGAAGGGGUGGCAAAUUUCGAUGAGAUUCUUGCCAAUUCAGAUGCCUUUAUGGUUGCAAGAGGUGAUCUGGGAAUGGAAAUUCCUAUUGAGAAGAUAUUUUUGGCUCAGAAAGUGAUGAUUUACAAAUGCAACAUACAUGGAAAACCUGUGGUGACAGCUACACAGAUGUUGGAAUCCAUGAUCAAGUCCCCAAGGCCAACUCGAGCAGAAGCAACCGAUGUUGCCAAUGCUGUUCUUGACGGCACAGACUGUGUCAUGCUCAGUGGUGAAACAGCUGCAGGAGCUUAUCCAGAACUCGCAGUUGCCACCAUGGCAAAGAUUUGUUUAGAAGCUGAGAGUACGAUUGACUAUUCCGAUGUAUUCAAGCGCAUAAUGUCAAAUGCACCAGUCCCCAUGAGCCCAUUGGAGAGUCUUGCAUCAUCAGCUGUUCGGACAGCUAACUCAGCGAAAGCUGCUCUCAUCUUGGUCCUAACUAGAGGAGGAAGUACUGCUAAGCUGGUUGCUAAAUACAGGCCAGGCAUGCCGAUAUUGUCAGUGGUGGUUCCUGAAAUAAAGACAGAUUCUUUUGAUUGGUCAUGCAGUGAUGAAUCUCCGGCUAGGCACAGCCUUAUAUUCAGGGGUCUGGUUCCAAUUCUAUGUGCAGGAUCUGCGAGGGCUUCUCAUGAAGAGUCUACGGAGGAAGCGCUGGAAUUUUCUCUUGAGCAUGCUAAAACUAAAGGCCUGUGCAAGGCUGGGGACGCUGUCGUGGCUCUUCACCGAAUUGGAACGGCGUCUAUCAUCAAAAUUGUCACUGUGAAGUGAUUUUCUAUUCUGAGAUGACAGGGAUUAAUACCGGUGAACAAGCCAUCAAAGCUUUCAUAUGUGUUUUUGUUUUGUUUUACUUAUCUUUUCCCCUUAUGUGGGUGCUAGACUUUUUGUGUUGUUCACCACAAUUGACAGGGUGUUAUUUCAUUUUGCACCCUGGAAAUAAAUGUAAUUUGGCAUAUUUCAAACUUAAAUAUGAGAAAUGGUGGUUGUCUAUCA